AGGGGGCGGCGGGGAGCGAGGGGCGGGCACUGCCGGGGCCUCAUCCCCGCCGUGUGAGCAUGCUGCGGCGGGAGGAGGAGGAGGAAGAAGAAGAGGAGGAGGAGGGCUUCCUCGGCCGGGCCGGGGGAGGUUCAGACUGAACUCCGGGCCGGGGAAGGAGGAAGGCAGAGCGCUGCCGGAAGCCACGGAGCGGCGGCGCCCCGCGGGCAGCAUGUAGCUGGGUGACAGCCGCCCGAGCGUCGCCUGCCUCCCCGCCGCCCAGGGCACCGAGGGGCCGGUGCUGCGGGUCGGGAGCCUCCCUACUCACUUCUCCCCUCUCGCCUCAGCUCCCCCAGGCUCCCCGCAGCGCCGUCCCUCCGCCGCUGACCAUGGGGCUGCCCACGCUGGAGUUCAGCGACUCCUACUUGGACAGCCCGGAUUUCAGGGAGCGCCUCAAGUGCCACGAGAUCGAGCUGGAGAGGACGAACAAGUUCAUCAAGGAGCUCAUUAAGGACGGCAGCCUCCUCAUCGGGGCCCUGCGGAAUUUAUCCAUGGCAGUGCAAAAAUUUUCACAGUCUUUGCAAGAUUUCCAAUUUGAGUGUAUUGGAGAUGCUGAAACUGAUGAUGAAAUUAAUAUUGCUCAGUCACUGAAAGAGUUUGCUCGGCUCCUGAUUGCUGUUGAAGAGGAAAGGAGACGACUGAUCCAGAAUGCAAAUGAUGUGCUCAUAGCACCCCUGGAGAAGUUUCGUAAAGAACAAAUUGGAGCAGCAAAAGAUGGGAAGAAGAAGUUUGACAAGGAAAGUGAGAAAUAUUAUUCCAUCUUAGAGAAGCACUUAAAUUUAUCAGCAAAGAAAUCUCAUUUGCAAGAUGCAGAUACACAGAUUGACAGAGAACAUCAAAACUUCUAUGAAGCAUCUUUAGAAUAUGUUUUUAAAAUUCAAGAAGUACAAGAGAAAAAGAAAUUUGAAUUUGUUGAACCUGUAACUCUUGGCUUUCUUCAAGGAUUAUUUACAUUUUACCACGAAGGAUAUGAACUGGCUCAGGAGUUUGCACCAUACAAGCAGCAGCUGCAGUUCAAUUUGCAGAAUACCCGGAAUAACUUUGAAAGCACGAGGCAGGAAGUGGAGAGACUCAUGCAAAGAAUGAAGUCCGCCAACCAGGAUUACAGACCACCAAGUCAAUGGACAAUGGAGGGCUAUCUCUAUGUGCAGGAAAAACGGCCACUUGGAUUUACAUGGGUAAAACAUUACUGCACUUAUGAAGGAACAAAAACAUUUACAAUGAGCAUAGCUGACAAAUCUGGUGGAAAAGUGAAUGGCCUUGUGACAAGCUCACCAGAAAUAUUCAAGCUAAAAUCUUGCAUCAGGAGAAAGACGGAUUCAAUUGACAAACGGUUCUGUUUUGAUAUUGAAGUAUUUGAGAGAACUGGAAUCAUCACACUGCAAGCUUUUUCAGAAUCCAACCGAAAACUGUGGCUCGAAGCUAUGGAUGGAAAGGAACCCAUCUACACACUACCAGCCAUUAUUAGCAAGAAGGAAGAAAUGUUCUUAAAUGAAGCAGGUUUCAACUUCGUGAGGAAAUGUAUCCAUGCUGUAGAAACAAGAGGUAUCACCAUUCUGGGUCUGUACAGAAUAGGUGGUGUAAACUCCAAAGUGCAAAAGCUGAUGAAUACCAUAUUUUCCCCUAAAUCUCCUCCUGAUAUGGAUAUUGAUAUGGAACUUUGGGACAAUAAAACAAUAACAAGUGGACUUAAAAACUACCUCAGGUGUCUUUCAGAACCACUGAUGACAUUCAAGCUGCACAAAGAUUUCAUUGUUGCUGUUAAAUCGGAUGAUCAGAACUACAGAGUUGAGGCAGUGCAUGCGCUUGUACAUAAAUUACCAGAGAAGAACAGAGAGAUGCUGGACAUCCUUAUCAAGCACCUGGUCAAGGUAUCAUUACACAGUCAGCAAAAUCUUAUGACAGUAUCCAACCUUGGUGUUAUCUUUGGACCAACUCUGAUGAGAGCCCAAGAAGAAACUGUGGCUGCCAUGAUGAACAUUAAGUUUCAGAAUAUCGUCGUUGAAAUUCUGAUAGAGCAUUAUGAAAAGAUAUUUCACACUGCACCAGACCCCAAUAUUCCUCUUCCCCAACCUCAGUCCCGUUCAAGUUCAAGAAGGACAAGAGCAAUUUGUCUCUCCACAGGUCCACGUAAGCCCAAAGGAAGAUAUACACCAUGUCUAGCAGAUCCUGACAGUGACUCGUACAGCAGCAGCCCAGAUAGCACUCCCAUGGGCAGCAUUGAAUCUCUCUCUUCUCACUCCUCUGAGCAGAACAGCACCACCAAAUGUGCACCCCCACAGCCCAGGGAGAAAUCAGGAGGGAUUCCAUGGAUUGCGUCUCCCCCUUCUUCUAAUGGUCAGAAGAGUUCAGGCCUCUGGACUACAAGUCCAGAAUCCUCAUCAAAGGAGGAUGCAACAAAAACAGACGUGGAGUCAGACUGCCAAAGUGUAGCUUCUGUCACUGGACCAGAGAAUGCCUCUCCACCAACAGAUCUGACCAAGAAGAGUUCUUACAGUCUAUCCGAGCUGAAAAGAUCUUCAGGUUCUUCCCUCAGAUCAAUUCCAUCAGCUGAAGGUAACAAAAGCUACAGUGGAUCUAUACAGAGCUUAUCUUCAACAGAUACCAAAGAUACACCAAAGGCUCCAGCAAACCCUGAUUUGCCUCCCAAAAUGUGCAGGAGAUUAAGAUUAGAUACUGCAUCAAGUAAUGGUUAUCAAAGACCAGGAUCUGUAGUGGCUGCAAGAGCCCAGUUGUUUGAAAGUGCUGGUUCACUUAAACAAGUUUCUUCAGGACGGCAAGCAAAAGCCAUGUAUUCCUGUAAGGCUGAGCAUAGUCAUGAGCUGUCUUUCCCACAGGGGGCAAUAUUUUCCAAUGUGUAUCCGUCAGUAGAACCAGGCUGGUUAAAAGCAACUUAUGAAGGCAAAACAGGACUCGUUCCUGAGAAUUAUGUUGUCUUCCUCUAGUAAUCUUCAGUGGACAGCAAUAUCUUCAUGGUAUCCAUGGUAACAAAUAAUAAGCACUAUGAUUUUUAUCUGACACAGAUAUGGGAUCAGCCCGUUAGCUGAGAGUGGUAGAUUUCCUUCAGAUACUGCAGCUGCAGGUUAUAUAGCUCCCUAUCAACGGAACAGAAUGUAAUGAAACAGUUAACAGUUACUGUACUGAAGACGGUACUCUGUUUAAAUAACUUCCAUUGUUUGCAAAAGGUUGUUCUGUUCUUCUUUUAUGGGUAAGGAACACUACAGAAAUAAAAUCAAAAAAGUUGCCAUUUAGCUGCAGACCUUCGGGUUCUCGGAUGUUGCUCAGAGAAGUGUGAAAUUUAGAGGCGAUGCACUCUGUGACAUUUCUUACAAUCUGUAUUUUUUAAUAUGAAAAAUUGUGGGUUUUUUUCCUAAUGUAAGUAAUGCUUCUGUUGUGAUCUGAAUGCUCCCAUAGAAAACUCGAUUCUGAGAUUAGUCCUAAUCAUUUCAAAUAAGAAAUGAGUCUUCCAUAAAUCAGAAGUUUGAACUUGUUAGUCAUUGAGAUUACAAUAUGUUAUAGAAUUUAUGUAACUGAUAAUGAAAUCAGAUUAUACACUGCCUGAGCAGUAAGUGCUCAUUCAAAAUGUGAUGUGUUUAAUGAAUGUUUCAUUCAAGUACUUCUUAGAUUUAUUUCCUCCUUUCUAUAUCAAUAUAAAUAAGAAUAAUAAUAACUAGUAUUUCUGUAAUAGCAGUCAGGUGGAAGAUACUCUCGGUGUAUCUCAGAGCAACAGCAGUAGAAAACAAGGAGAUACUCAGUCUGGAAUGAUGGGUAGAUAUGAAGUGAGCAAUGAAAAGCAGCAAUAUGUUUUGAAACCUGAGAUAAAAAGUAACUAAGUCCUUUUCAAGUUUUUUCCAUUGCAAAUAAGACAAAAGUACUUAGCAUUAUUUCUCCUGACUUCCACUAAAGUAUUUGGCAAAUGUUUCCUCCAUUACAUGGAAUAAAAAAAAAAAAAAAAAUUAGUUGAUAAAGAUUUUGUAAAUACCCAUUGUUUGCUCCUGGUGGGUCUGGAAAAAAAAAAAAAAAAAAAAGAAAAGAAAAGAAAAUAUAAGCAGCUUUCUAAAUUUGAACCUCUUUCUUGUACACCUUGAGGGAAAACAUGCAGUGCUUACUUGGCUAGUCACCAUGGCCUAUUGAAAAACAAGAUACUUAAGCUCCAUAUUAGUAGCUUUUCAGCAUUAGUGGUACAGAAGGAAUCCACUGUUUCAUAGACCUAUCCAGUCUUAGUUCUUUGUUCAGUAACAGUAAUCAGUAUAUAAACCUUCUGUUGAUUUAUAAGAUGUACACUGCUUCCAGAAUGUUUUAGGAAGAACUUUUGCUAGGACUAAAAACACCAGUAAUCUACCAGUUGCUUAUUUUCUUCUUUUCUGAGCCUUUUUUGGGUUUAAAUUAGAAAACAGAUUUAUUGCCAAUAUUAAGAAGCACAUCAGAAACUUCUUUACUUGUGUAUAGUGCAUGAUUUCUGCAGAAAAAUUCAGUGUUGGAAUUCAGGCUGGUGGCAAAAGCCUGCAGGAUCCUUCUUCUCGCUAGCUGAAGUAUCAAGUGGCACUCAGGAAAGUGGAGAGACUGGAAGAACAUCCUUCCAAGAAUGGUGUGGCAUUUCAGAGGGGGAGUCUGUGGCAGUAAGCCAGGCUAGUGUGGGUAAGGCAGCUGAGGAGAGACCCCUUGAAUUAGUGACUGACUGAUCUGGGUUCUUUCUUCACUCUAAACAGUUUUAUUAGGUCCCAAAUCAUGUUUCCCUUCAUCUUAAGACCAGGCUGUGUUCAGGACAUAGUGAUGAAGGGUUCAUCUCAGGCAGUGGAGGCAGACGUGUGUGCUUGUCGAAUUUUCACAGAGCAGAUGUGAAAGGAAGGGAAGAGAAGGACUUUUUCACCAGACUGAGCCUUAUUUUUAAAGGAAGCCAACAUUUGUUUGUGUAAACUAUGCCUGCAGCUGCCGUUGCCCUCAGAUCAACAUGGGUUUCGUUGUGCUUUUGCUGUAUUUCACAAUACAAAAAUUGCAGGGUACCAAAAGGCUUCCUUCUGCUGACCUGCUCAGGAGAAUGCUGCUGCAGGGGAAGAGGAGUAGCAAGGGAGACAAGAGCUGUGAGCAGAGGCUCCAGGCCCAGCACGUCUCACCCACGUGGAGAAAUGCAGUGGUCUGGGUCUAUCAAUUGCACCAGGCAAACUGACCUUUGUUGAACAUCCUUUUCUGACCCCUCGUGCCUCUUACAAGGAAUUUGAUUGUUGUGAAAUUCUUGAGGAACGGUGAAAUAGAAAAUGCGUGCUCUUACUUGCUUCGCUUUAGUCUGAUUAAAUAAAAAAAAAAAAAAAAGAGAGAGCAGGAAGAGACUAAUUGUAGGUAACCUCACAACAUCUGCAUGUGUUUGGAUAUUGUGCAACAGUAUGUUUUGAAACCAGCUGAUCUGAGUGCAAGCUAGAAGACUCAAAGAUGCUCAGUUCGUAUAAAAAAUCAUAAAAAUGAAAAGUUCAGUUACAGAUAAAUAAGUAGAGCCUGUAAGCACUGAGGGAAAGGUUGUAGAAGGAGGAAUCCCUGUAGAGGGGAGAUGGUGUGUCUAUUCCCGUGCAUUCAUCUUACAUUAGACACACAAGUCAAUUGCAGAAGACAGCUUCAUCAGAAAGGGAUCUCAUUCAUUCUGCUACUCAAAAAAGAAAUCUAUCUUUUCCUCUUUAAGACUGUGCACUUUUUAAGGCCCUUCUUCUGUGAACCAGCCAUGGUGAUUACAUAAAUAAUUUUAAAGUAGCUUAGCUUUAAAAUGUUAUUUUUAUCUGGAAAUGUUACUCCCCUUCUUAAUUACAGUUAGUAUCAGUGGAUAGUAGGGUUAUUCUGUUUCUCUCUUCUGCGGUACAUAACAAGCACUUUCCGUAUCAUUCCACUGCUGGGUUGUGGAUGCCUCUGCUCUUCCCUGACUUUCCAAGAGGGAGUUUAUCUCCAGGAGAAGCUGUACAGUGAACUGGAAAGUUACGUACCUGGGUGCUCACUGACUGGAAUGGGGGAGAGUGCAGCACUAAGACUUGUCUACUGAUGAGACUCUCAGCCCUGGCCAAAAAUCCCUUCUAAUAUUUGUAAAGGAUCAGAAAUCCAUGUAAAAUUUAAAUGAAGAUAUAAUACUGAGAUAGUGCCUUACCAGCAAGUUAGGCGAGCUGAACUAAAUUAGUUCAUAGUAUUGAUUUACUAUUUUUUAUGAAAGUCAGAUUCACUCUACAAGCAAAGUUUAAUUUUAUUAUUUUUUUUAAUUAUCCUUCCUAAAAGGAUAUAGAAGUUUUCUCAGAAUAUCACUGUAGAAUUUGAGGUAGAUAACACGUUGUGAUUGCUGUUUGUCUUGUGAAAAUACCCACCACUUAUGUAAUCAGCCAUGUUUUUCCUAUGUUAAACUUUUGGUACAUGUUGCAGUACAACAUGAAUCAAAUUAAUAGUGUGAAGGACUGAUAUAUUGUAUGAUAAAUAUGUAAAGUAUAUUAUAUUAUAUAUUCACACUUUUUAUUAAUGAUAAAGAUGAAAAAAUAUUUUUUGUGUAAUUCCUAUGAGUUCAGUAUUAAAAUGUCCUUGCCAUAUUUUGGCAUUUAGAAUACUAUGUAACAAAACUCUUAAAUUAAACCAUAGAUAUCACUUAAGUCCCUAACUAAUCUAUAAAGUUCAUUUGUUCAAUUAUUUCUGGAAAAAAAUGACGCACAAAUUUGCUGACCAGUCUACUCUAUGAUAGUAAUAGUAACUUAUUUAACUUUUAUAUAUUUUCUGUUGAUAAUCUCUAUUCUUUGCCUUUAAUUGAAUUCAUUUUAGCAUGCCUUUAGGCAAGAUACAUUAGGAAGAGAAAAGGAUGCAAAAUUCAGCAGUUCAGAACAAUAGUUACAACAACAAAAAAGCAUUAUAUGGCAGUAAUUGGCUUUUUGUUACAUUUCCCCACCGGUCUAUUUUCUGGUUAAUAAGAUUGGAUCAGAAUAAUAAAUGAUGAACCCCAAAAGCCUGUUGUUCUUCAUACUUCCUUUCCUAAGGCAACAGUUGGUACAAUUUUGCAUUGAGGAGCAAGAAGAGAAAGCCCAGUAAGGAAGCUUAUCCUCAGGCUGGUGUGGAUCUUCUUGAUUGAUGGAAACUCUCAGAGCUCUAGUGAACACAAAGAUAGACCCUUGGCAAAUUAUAGUGAGGUUUUGCUGGCCAGAAGCCCACAUACAGUGAAUGGAAUACAAAUGGGAUAUUCUGUUAAUGAGAAAACAUGUGAUAUGGCUUGUCAUUAUCCGUUUUUUGGGGUUGUUUUUCUGGUUCAUCAGAGUGCCCUAUCUGAAUCAUUCAGUUACCAGAGAUCAAACUAAGCAAGGUUCAGUCCCACUCUUUGUGGUCGUGCAGCCCUGACAGCCACUGCUGAUGCAGCCCUUCCAGUUACUGUUCGUGCAAAAGUUAGACUGUUGAUCAGGCUGUAUCAGUACAAGUCGGGAGGUCUCUUUUUGCAUGGGAUUUUGCAAGGGCUUUGGGAGUUUGCUUUGUUUUGUUUUAAUAAGGUGCUUGGUAUCCAAACAGCUACUAAUACAAUGUUUUAAUUCAGUCACUGAAGAUAAUAGCAUUGUUUUUCUUGUCCUGUAUGUGGCAGUAUUUAAUAAGCCAUUGGUAAUCUGUGUUAUUUUAAGUAUAGAGAAUGGUGCUUCAACCCUUGGACAUCUCAGCUGAAAGCUAUUCUGCAACUGGGCUUUUCGCAAGUGUUGUAUCAAUAAUUGUCAUAAAGUUCUGGCACUAGAGGCUGCAAAAUGAUCUCAGCACUAUGAGAGUUUCUGUUAGAGCAAAGGGCAAAGCAGCUGAACAGGGCAGAUAGACAACUUCAAUUUUUCAAACAUAUUUAUGACGAUUUUGGAGGUAUUAGAGUUUAUAGGGGUUACCUUAGAUACUAUAUGGUAUUUUAAUAGGAAAGUAUAUACAAUCAAUAACUAUAUAUAUAUUUAAUAAAGUCCUACUAAAUUAUCUUAUUGAACUCUCUGUUUAUUUUGUAGUGUGGUUUCAAUAAUUAUCUGCACUCUGUAUAUACCUACAUGUAAAUAACUGGCAUGAUAUGCAUAAGCUGACUUGCAGACAUAAUUCUAUGUUGUACUUUACACUGUAUUUCAAAAAUUUGAAAAAUGUUUUUAAAAAUAAAAAGCCUUUCU